GCGCGGCGGUGUCGGGGCAGCUGGCCGCCGCCGGGCUCGUCGGAGAGCUGGGGCGGAGGGGUCGGGGCUUGUACCGGGACCUUCCCCUCAGCGCCCCGCCGGAGGCAGCACCCGCACCGCGGGGCAUGGGCGCCGCGGCUCCGCACAGCGCUGUCUCGUCCCGUCCCGAUGAGUCCUUGCCGGAGCAAGUGAGUGAGAGGGGCGCCCGGGCGGGCACUGCCGGCGCGGCCUCGGGAGGGAGGAUGUGGUGAGAGGAUGGGGCUGUCUCCCGCCGCGGCUCGCCAUGGCCAGGGAGGACUCGGUGAAGUGCCUGCGCUGCCUGCUCUACGCCCUGAACCUCCUCUUCUGGUUGAUGGCCAUCAGCGUGUUAGGUGUUUCUGCUUGGAUGAGAGACUACCUGAAUAAUGUCCUCACUUUAACCGCAGAAACAAGGGUGGAGGAGGCUGUUAUUUUGACUUACUUUCCUGUGGUCCACCCGGUCAUGAUUGCAGUUUGCUGUUUCCUCAUCAUAGUUGGAAUGCUGGGCUACUGUGGAACAGUGAAAAGAAAUCUGUUACUCCUUGUCUGGUACUUUGGAAGCUUGCUUGUAAUCUUCUGUGUUGAGCUGGCCUGUGGUGUUUGGACCUACGAGCAGGAAAUAACGGUUCCAGUGCAGUGGUCCGAUAUGAUCACGCUGAAAGCCAGGAUGACCAAUUAUGGCCUCCCUAGGUACCAGUGGCUGACCCAUGCUUGGAAUUUUUUCCAGAGGGAGUUUAAAUGUUGUGGGGUGGUGUACUUCACAGACUGGCUGGAAAUGACAGAGAUGGACUGGCCACCUGACUCCUGUUGUGUCAAAGAGUUUCCAGGGUGCUCCAAACAGGCACAUCAUGAGGAUCUCAGUGACCUUUAUCAGGAGGGGUGUGGUAAAAAAAUGUACACAUUUCUGAGGGGGACGAAGCAAUUGCAAGUGCUGCGAUUUCUAGGAAUCUCUAUUGGAGUAACGCAGAUCCUGGCUAUGAUCCUCACCAUCACUUUGCUGUGGGCUCUCUACUAUGACAGACGGGAUCCCGGGGCAGAUCAGAUCAUGGCCCUGAAGAGCGAUACCUCGCAGCAGCUGUCAUGUCAUUCUGUGGAGCUACUGAAACCAAGCCUGACAAGAAUCUUUGAGCAUACAUCCAUGGCAAACAGCUUUAAUACACACUUUGAAAUGGAAGAGCUAUAGGUGGUGCGAUCAAUCUGAGAAGUCACAAAGGGUUUUCAUUGUUUUUUGUUGAUGGUUUUUAUUCUGUGCCAUCAAGUACGCCAAGUAUACCAGUCUCUGUAUGCUUCAAAAAAGAGCUGAUGAAUGGAACAGGAGGAGGCCAGCAUAGAAUGGAGGAGGAGCCUGUCAGCCUCUUAGCCAUGGAACAGAGUUUAUUUUGUUUUUUAGAAGGCACUCAUUCACUGGUCACAGUGGUGUUUAACUUGCUGUCACAAGCAGUGUGAUGGGUAAAACACCAAUUCGUUCACAGGUAAACAGACAGAACCUCUAAGGAACACCUCGGGAAAGGAAGAGAAAUCCUCCUUUUCUGAAGAAGCGAAUUGGCUUUGGGCAAGCAAACUGUGACUGCAGCUGGAAUUGACUUUUAUGUUUUUAAUAAGCCAUUUGGAAAAUGUCUUAAUCAGGGAUCUGUGUAUAUAUAAUUGUGUGGUUUUGUGUGUGCAUGGAAAGCAGAACUACAAUUCAAGUCAAUACUUGGAUUUAAACAUUUGCAAGAUUUGUAAAAAGUGAGAGUUUCUUUUUUUCUAACAAAACCUUUAUCUUAGCUAUUUUCAUUGUUAAAGAUGUUCUAAAACUUUUAUUUUUAUCUAACAUAACUGUUUAAUUUUUAAUUUUAACUAUGUUAAACAGGGAUUGAAAACAAAACUAUGACUCUGGGCAAUAGACUAUAAUUUUCUGAGGAAUUCUGGAGAAUCCUUUUUUGAAACAGUUUGUUCUAUUCUUAGUGAAAAGAAAGAAAGCCUUAAACAUUCUUUCCAAAAUGGGAAUCAGUGUGGGAGCAGCACAUUUUUAUAGAUAAAUCUUUUCUCCUGUCUGUGAUUCCUAUGAAAGUAGAAACAAAAGACUGCAAGGAAAAUGCUUACAGUUCUGGAUGCUAUUGCAAUAAUUGUAAAAGUACCUAAGGAGAUAUACUUCAGCGGCUUCUUCAUUAAGAGCUCUCUAGUGGCUUAAAAUGCCAACUGGAAACAGCAUUAAAAUAUAUUUAUUGAGGUGGGGAAAGUGCAUUUUACUGUAUUUUUAUGAACAAUGUUUAUUUCAUAGGAUUAUUUUUACAAUUGGCCACACUCCUGAAAUAUAUGUUUGUUCCACUGAGUACAGUAGUUUGUGGCAAAUGGUUUUCUACGUAAUAUUACAUUUAAAAAAAUUCUUUGUUUUGUUUUGGAAUUUGUAAAAGAAAAGGAAAAAAAAAAGCAGUGUGUGAUUUGGUAGGCAAUAAAAUUACUUUUGUCUUAAA